AUGGGGUGCACAGCAAGUACACCUUAUAUAGAGGAUGAAGAGGACCCAUUCUUGCAAAGUCAAAAAGCCAACGACGCAAUCGAACAAUCAUUGCAAAUGGGUAAGCAACAAGAAAAGAAUGAAAUAAAAUUAUUGCUGUUAGGUGCUGGUGAGUCUCGUAAAUCGACAGUUUUAAAACAAUUGAGAUUAUUACAUCAAGGUGGGUUCACUUAUCAAGAAAGGUUACAAUAUUCACAAGUCAUCUGGGCAGAUGCCAUUCAAUCAAUGAAGAUUUUAAUCAUUCAAGCUCGUAAAUUGGGUAUCCCAUUGGAAUGUGAUAAUCCUGAAAAUAGACCACUAUUUGAAGCCAAGAGAAUGAUCUUGAAUACUAAAGCAUUGGAUUUGAUCGAUACCAGUGUUGCUGGUGGUUCGGAAUUUUUGAAUGAUUAUGUUUUAAAAUAUUCAGAAAGAUCUGAAAAUAGAAGACGUAUACAAAGUACCGGUAAAGCUAAAGCCUUUGAUGAUGAAGAGAAAAAUAGUUAUUCAGGUUCUGAUAAAUCUGAUAAGAAUAGUAUCAAUUACGAAGAAAUUUCGAAAAAUUUAAAUGAAGAAGGUGAUGAAAAGAUGUUUGUGAAAAACCAACCAAAACCUAACCCAAAAAGCUUUAGCAAUCACGAUAUUGCAUCGUCAAUUAGUCUUCUUUGGUCGAAGGAUCAAGGUAUCAAGCAAUGUUUUGCAAGAUCAAAUGAAUUCCAAUUGGAAGGUUCAGCAUCCUAUUAUUUUGACAAUGUAGGGAAAUUUGCAGAACCUGGUUAUGUAUGCACAGAUGAAGAUAUUUUGAAAGGUCGUAUUAAGACUACAGGUAUUACAGAAACUGAUUUCAGCAUUGGUGCUUCUAAAUUCAAGGUUUUAGAUGCAGGUGGUCAAAGAUCAGAAAGAAAAAAAUGGAUUCAUUGUUUCGAGGGUAUCACUGCAGUAUGUUUCGUCUUAGCACUAAGUGAAUAUGAUCAGAUGUUAUUUGAAGAUGAAAGGGUAAACAGAAUGCACGAAUCCAUCAUGCUAUUCGAUACUUUAUUAAACUCCAAAUGGUUUAAAGACACACCAUUUAUUUUAUUUUUAAACAAAAUGGAUCUAUUUGAAGAAAAGGUUAGAAAGGUUCCAAUAAGAAAAUAUUUCCCAGAUUACCAAGGUCGUCUAGGUGAUUCAGAAGCAGGUAUAAAAUAUUUUGAAAAGAUCUUCUUAAGUCUAAACCGAUCGAAUAAACCUAUAUAUGUGAAGAGAACUUGUGCCACUGAUACUCAAACAAUGAAAUUUGUGUUGAGUGCAGUCACAGACCUUAUAAUACAGCAAAACUUGAAGAAAAGUGGUAUACUAUAA